UGAAAGUUGGCUGCAAUGCUCCGCUCGGCCAAUCAUGUAGCGCGUAGAUGGCGCCACUGUGCCGACGCGAGCCGACCCAAGCUAGCUUGCACUGGGAACAUUUUGUUCGAGCUCCAUACAUUUCUUCUGGUUCUCUACGUCUACAGUUUGGUUGUGCACCAGUUCAAAAAUAAUUUCAAAAUUUUUGCCAUCAGGAAAAAAGUUAAAAUGACGGACAAGCCGAAGCGUCCUAUGUCAGCUUAUAUGCUGUGGUUAAACAGUGCGAGGGAGCAAAUUAAGGCUGAAAACCCUGGCCUUAAGGUUACUGAAAUAGCCAAAAAGGGAGGAGAAAUAUGGAAAUCCAUGAAGGACAAGAGUGUAUGGGAGGAAAAGGCAGCAAAGGCCAAAGAACAGUAUGCUAAGGAUUUAGAAUCGUACAACGCUAACGGCGGCGGUGGUGAUGGUGGCGAAAAGAAGGCUCAAAAGAGAGGAAAGAAGGCCAAGAAAGCGGCGCCAGCUAAAUCCAAGAAAAAGAAGGAAGAGUCUGAAGAGGAGGAGGGUGAGGAGGAGGAUGAAGAAAGUGAUUGAUCUCCCAAUCAAUAAGGCAUUACUGUUCAUAUUGAAUAAUUUACUGGACUUAAUUUAUUACAAAGUAAAAAUGGGACUGACUUUCCAAAGUCUGUAUGGAAUUCAAUUAUAUUAAUGUUUAUGGAGUUGAAAUCUGUUAAAUAAUAACAUUUAGGCUCAUGUUUCUUAUGUAUUACACCAGAAUAUUUGGUCCACAAGGAAUUGUUGAUUGUUUUGCAAUGUGUUGUUUGCAUACUAUAUUUUGUAGUAUUAUUACUCAGUGGUGAUUAUAUGUUGUAGGACUGCAGAGUUUGGAAAGUUCUGCCACAGGCUAGGGUCUAGGUUUCUAAGCCGAAAAAAAAUAAUGUUAAGUGUUAGCAUGUAUACACCGGGGAAUUGUACAGUUAGCCCUCCCUCGUUAAGUUCGCUGUGACGUCAUGGUAGCUCAUUUGUAAGAUGUACUACUGGUUUUAUCAAAACUUGUAUGUCUGCAAUACGACAUGAUGUCUACCAUAUAAAGUGUUUUUAUUUGAAGCCGUGCUUUGAAUUGAUUUUACCAUACUUUAGUUUACUGCAUAAGUGUGCACUCUGGACAUUACAUUUUUGGUCUAACUAAUAUCAACAUGUAAAAUAAGAGACUAUUUCAUGGAAGGAUGUGAUGCCACUUGUUGUUAAACCUACCUCUUCUCAUUGUAAAUUCAAUGCUUAUAAUGGUACCAAACUUUAAGCUAAGAACAGACACGGCGGUGUCUCCCGCCGGGCAAUUUAAAUAAUUUAGGAAAUUGAUGUGUAUGUUGUAUUUUUAGUUAGUUAAUAGGUAGGUUUUCGAUGUGAUUUGUCUCUUAAAUUUUACAUUUGUGUUAUUUUGUAAAUGAGAAUUAGCAUUCCUCAUGUCAAUACGGAUUUUACAUGUUCAAUAAAGUAAUUUCAUAUAAAAAUUAUUCUAUUUUUC